CACCGCCGUCAUUCCAUUUUUGGGAGUCGAAAUUUUUGUGGGCUGAUUUUAAAAUGGAGGGGACGACAACGCUUGCUGAUGCCCUCUUGGGCGAUCUCGACGAUUUGAUGGACUCAGACGACGAAGAUCAAAAUGAAGUAGCCGAAAGCGAAGAAGUAGACGCAUCAAAAGAUGCCAACAAUGUGGGCGAAAGCAUGGAUGGAAUGAUUCCACCUUCCCCAUUCAAAUCAUCCUCGAUGAUAGAAUCGGAAAAAACAAGAACAAGAAAAAGAGCUCAGUCCCAGUUUCUCGACAACCGAUCUCUCAAGAAUCAUUUGAAGAUCAUACGAGAACAAAACGACGGAAACAGCACUGUUAAUGAUAACAGUAACACGAAUUCGUCUGUCGGUGCCGUUCGGAGACGAAAAGAAGAAGAAGAAGAGAAUCACCAAAUGGUGGUCCAGUCGAACAAGUACCUUGCUAGCCUGGCAGAAGAAAUGCAACGCGCCCAUUCGAAAUUGGCCGAUACAUACCGACCGAAAUUUCCCGAGUUAGAAGAUCUCCUUCCCAACCCUUUGGACUACAAAAAUGCCAUUCGCAUCAUCGGCAACGAGACGGACCUGACUAAGGUCAACGAUGAACUCAAUGAAAUUUUAAGCAGCAAUCAGAUCAUUACGUUAUCGAUGGCCAGUAGCACAACGUCGGGACGCGUACUGACCGAAAAAGAGCUCGAAGAAGUCGAUGCAGCGGCAACCUACACGGAAGAAUUGCUGUUGGUACAGAAAGAUUUGAUGAAAUUUGUGGAGGAUUCCAUGGAAAGUCUCUGUCCAAGUAUUUGUGCCCUCAUUGGGGCACCCACAGCUGCGAGACUCUUGGGAUUGUCGGGAGGUCUCCAAGAGCUGACAAAGGUAAGCUUUCACGGCGAAAGGAAAGAAUGACCUGGGUGUUCUGUAUCAUCAUUGAUGUUUGACUCAAAGACUUUUUGUCCUACUUUUGGCUAGAUACCUAGUUGCAAUCUGCAGGUUCUGGGGCAGACCAAGGUCAAUUCCGAGUCGAGAGCGGGCUUGUCGGGCGGUUCUAUCAGACAACAUACCGGGUUGCUAGCAGAUUGUGACUUGAUCCAAUCGCUUGCCAAGGCGUAUAAGAAAAAGGCACUGAAGGUAGUCGCGGCAAAAUUGGCUUUGGUGGCACGGUUUGACUUCUCCAACGUCGAUUCCGGUCGACAACGGAGUGCUUCCGCCGGAAUCAGCUACAGGAAACAACUAGAAGAAAAAUUCGAAAAAUGGCAAGAGCCCGACAGAGCCCCCGUCGCGAAGGCUUUACCGAAACCCAAUUUAGAAGCGAAGAAACGCCGAGGAGGUCGUCGAAUGCGUCGAAUGAAAGAGCGAUUCGAAGAGACAGCGAUGAUGAAGCAGGCAAAUACCAGAGCGUUUAGUACCCAACAAGGGGAGUACGGAGAUGAUGCCAUGGGAAUCACCAUGGGACUACUAGACACAGCCGACAAUGGCGGAGCAAUUCGCAAGGYCACCGAGAAACGCAAGAUGCGGCAGGCAAAUACAAAGGCUUCGCGAAAACGAGCCAUGCAAAUGGCUCAACAGGCCAAAAACAAGGAUGGCUUGGCCAGCAGUGUAGUGUUCACUCAAACGACCGGUAUGGAGUUGAUCAAUCCCGAGGCACAAAAGGAGCGCGUGAAGGCUGCGAACGACAAAUGGUUCAACAGCAAUGCGGGAUUUCAAUCAGCUUUGCCCAAGAAGGGGACGUGAUGGGGAAAGCGAAAUCUGGAGUUUGGAAAGAAAUGAUACGAGUAUUGGAAGAUCAUUUAUCAUGUCCAUUUUUACGGAUGCAUUUAGAGAGUAGAAGACGAAUUGCUAUUUGACGGAGAUUGAUUGAAUAUUUGAUGGUCAAGUUCGGGUUUUUUUAUUUUAGUCCACACGAUAAAUACAGAGGUUUAAA